GCGCCGGACUCUGCUCUGUGAGCCUUAGGCUGAGCGUUUCCAGAGGCUGCAGGGAAAUCUUUUAUCGGAUGCAGAGAUCCACACGUGGCUCAGAGUUUAACGAGUGGCGGGCUUUUCUUUGGCGGCGGAAGCGUGCCUGAAGAGGAGGAAAAGUUCAUCAGGUUCGGAGUUGUGAGAAGAGGGGAGCCCGGGGUCCCAAGUUUUCCUGCGGUCCCUGUGCAUGCACGAGCCAGGCCGAGAGAAGUGAGCGAUCGGAGUCCCUUCUGCUGGCUUUGCAUGCAAGGCUGGAACUCCGUGUGCAAGGAGUUGCAUGCAAGGAUGUUUGUUUGAACUCUAUGUUUUCCAUUUCAAAUCUGUGAGCUGGAAAUCUUUCCUGGUUCCUCUGGAGACCCGAAGCAUCUUGCGAAGGAAGAGGGCUGAAUGGCCUUAGGAAAUUUAGCCAGACCUCUUGUGUUUAGUCAGACCUGGGGAGAUGCAUGGAUCCAUUUUGGAGCUGGAUUAGACACCAGAAAGAAGAUGAAGGAACAACGCGCAGCAGAUGCAGGAACUGGAAAAGGCCGUCCAGCUGCUCAGCCUUGGAGUUGUGGGAAGAAUGGAUCAAGUCCUGUGCAGAAGAGCCAAGAAGAGGUCCAAUUCUUUCCCUUCAGAAAAGUGCAAUUCCAGGAGGGGAAGAGUCCCCGAGAGGUUUGCAGUCAGCUUCACCAGCUUUGCCAUCAAUGGCUGCAACCAGAAAGACACACAAGGGCUCAGAUGUUGGACCUAGUGCUCCUGGAGCAGUUCCUGGCUGUCCUUCCCCCAGAGAUGGAGAAAUGGGUGCGGGAGUGUGGAGCAGAGACCAGUUCCCAGGCGGUGUCCCUGGCUGAAGGCUUUUUGCUGACCCAGGAGUCUGAGGAGAUGCAAGAAGAGUUGCAGAAAUCUUUGGAAGCUGUGACUGAGUAUCCCAAGGAGAGGAUAGAUUCGCCCAAACCCUCUCAAGACAUGCAGUUAAGGGAGAGCUUCCAGAAAGAUCAAAGUCAAGAUGUGAUGCCAGAUAAUAAAAAGCUGUCCUCAAUAUUUUUAGAAUCACCUCUUUGUUUUGGAGCUGAAAGAGUGGCUGAAACCCUGCCACAGGAUGAUGUGUCUUUUGAGGAAGUGGCCGUGUAUUUCUCGGAGGAGGAGUGGUCUCAACUGGAUGCUGACCAAAAAGCUCUCCAUGGGGAAGUCAUGCUGGAGACUAUCAGGAAUUUGUCUUCUCUGGGCAAGAUGAGUGCAAAAAGAAAGAGCUAUUCCGUCGAGUUCAAGAAAGGAAUCGUGGAGGAUUCUCUGGGCAAGAAUCUUACGGCUUUCUGCAAAGAGAAGAAGUUGGAUCUCCGAAUGGUCCGAAAAUGGCGAGCAGAGUACUAUAACCUCAGUCAACAGGUAGAUGAAGGAAAUGCUAAGAAGCGCAGGUGUGGAUCAGGCCGGCAGCCAUUAUUUCCUGAGCUGGAAGAUACCAUCUGCGAAUGGAUUGCUGACAGGAGAGCAAAGGGUUUAGUUGUGCACAGGACUGAUAUUCAAACCUUUGCCCUUGCAAUGACACCACAGUUAGAAAUACUCCCAGAAGAAUUCAAAGCAUCAAAUCGUUGGCUGGAUGGCUUCCUUCAUCGAUAUAAACUGUCUCUAAGAAGAUAGACAGCACUACUCAAGCUGGAAGAUAUUGAAGUUAUUAAAUGUACAUUUGCAUUCAA